CGGGGCCGGCUGCUGGGGACCGGAAGCGGAAGUGGCCCCGCCAGCCGUUUGCGCUCCCUCCCUCCCGCGCGCACCGACUCGGGGCGAUUUUGUUUUUUUUCCCUCUCUGUGUCCUCGCGCGGAUCCGGCGGCGGCGAAGACGAGGCGGCGGGGAGGGAGUGAUGGAAGACUCACACUACAACAACAGCUACUUCUGGACCCCGAUACCAGCCGUAGCAGGACAGUUUGAGAAUGUGAUGUUCAUCAACAAGAUCAAGGAGCAGUUGAUGGAGGUGAAGGCCGGCUCGCAGUCGGGGGGCCAGGCCUUCUCCGGCGGUCCGGCCCCGGCCCCCGGGCAGCCCACCGCCCCUGGGGCCGACAGCAAGCAGAGCGCCCAGGCGCAGACGCCCGUCUCCGACAACCUCACCCUGCUGCCCCUGCCCUCCACCACCCUGAUGACAGGUCUGGUCAUCGCCCCCUGCUCGAGUGCCCUCACCCCCUCCUCCUCCUCGUCCUCCGUGCCCGCUGCCACCACCUCGUCGCCCUCCCUGGCCCCCCUCGCCCAGAACCCCACCCUCUCCCUCGCGGCGGGCCCCGCCAUGAUCGUCUCGGGUCUGGCCUCCGUCUCGGGCCUGGAGCCGAAGCCCGGGCCCCCCCCGCAGACGCCGGCCCCCGAGGAGGAGGAGGACGGGGGGCUCGCGAAGGCCGGCGGCCCCCGCAAGCGGCGGGGCCGGCUGGGCGAGGGGGUCCUCGGGGAGGCGAGAGACCCGUACGCCGUCCCCAACGACGAGGAGGCCUCCAAGGACGGGAAGUCCUACAGAUGUCGGAUCUGCCCCCUGACGUUCGUCUCGAAGUCGGACAUGCAGCUGCACGCCAAGUCGCACACGGAGGCCAAGCCCCACCACUGCCCGCACUGCUCGAAGAGCUUCGCCAACUCCUCGUACCUGGCCCAGCACGUCCGCAUCCACUCGGGCGCCAAGCCCUACACCUGCUCGUUCUGCCAGAAGACCUUCCGGCAGCUCUCACACCUGCAGCAGCACACGCGAAUUCACACGGGGGACCGGCCCUACAAGUGCGCCCAGCCCGGCUGCGAGAAAUCCUUCACCCAGCUCUCCAACCUACAGUCCCACAGAAGGCAGCACAACAAGGACAAGCCGUUCAAAUGCCCGCACUGUCACCGGGCGUACACGGACUCCCCCUCCCUCCAGGUCCACCUGGCCACCCACACCGUCAAACACAUCAAGGCCUACGCGUGCAACUCCUGUCGCAAGUCCUACACAUCGGAGACAUACCUGAUGAAGCACAUGCGGAAACACAAGGCGCCCGAGCAGGCGACGGACCCCUUCGCCCCUCCGGCCCCCAACUCGGUGGCGGGGGCCGCCCCGGAGCCCGCCCCCUGCUCCUUCGACAUCUUCAAGAGCGACGCACACAAGGAGCCCUGCCUGACCGUCAGUGCCGGGGCCCUGCAGGUCGACCCCAUGGGCACCUCCUGAACGGCGGACAUGGCGGACAGACACACCCCCCCCCCAGGGCCCGCUGCCCCACCCAC